AUGUGCUCGAUUUUCAUGAUAUUUAUAUUGAUUUUCUGCAAACUCGCUGAUAGUCAACUGGAGCGAGUAAUCCCGGCUAAAUGGAACACGAUGUACGAACAGGAAAGCGGCAAGAACAAUUCCAUGACAAUUUUCCGGUUCGAAGUCGAGAAAAGAGUAGGUUUUUGUCAAUUUUGUUGGUUUUAGAAAAAAUUCGAUUAAUUGCAGAGUCCGGUGGCCAGGAUCAUUAUGAGUUGCAACGAGAGUAAUGAGAACAAUCCGCUCCUUGUGGUUUUCCGCGAAAAACAGGCAAUUUUGAGCUUACAAGUGAGUUUUUCAAAAAAAUUUGCUAAUAAAUGCGAAAUGAAGUCACAUCGUCCUUCAUUUAUGCGAAGAAUCGGUGUUUUUUUGGUUGCUAAAACCUCUAAAAUGAACACUGAAAAUGAGUAAGACUAGCCGAAACCAUGGCAAAAUUGUGAUGAACAACGCCUUCAACGGAUCUGCUUUCAAGAAAUCCACGUGUAGUGAUACAUAGUUACGAUUGAAACCAUUCAAUAUCUGUGAAAAACUUCGCAGAUAAUCACAAUUCAUUACAGGUUCCUUUGAUUGUCGAGAACUACAAGUACAGUAAAGUAGGCAGGACAUUGUGCCCAUUCACCAACUAUGAAGACGGAGAGGGAUUCACAGUAGAGGUCACCAGCGCCCAUCCCGUACUUUAUAACUUCCGCGCCGAACUGGUGCAAAACUUUUACCUUUAGUAAGCUUUUAAUAAUUCGCAAUAAGAAUGAAUGUUGGCUGAGAUAAAAAUAUGGAGAAUGGGUCGGGUGGAGCCGAAUCGAAGCUCAACGAGUAUUACAGUUUAGGGCCGGAUGAGACCGGAGAAUUUACCAAAAAAGUCAGCAAACCAACUUAUACCGGUUCUGUUGCACACUUUUCCAGUAUUCUGAUGAUCAUAAACAUCAAUGUCAUGUUUCAGCAACAACUCGACCCGCACAGUGACCGCAAGCGCAUCGGAACCGGUUUUCCUGCGGUAUGACAUACCAACUGACGUGGAUUCGGUGGCGGUUCACGUGGAGGCCAACUCAUCUAUCUGUAUGACAGUGUCAGUACAAAAAAUAGGGGUGAGCAUCAAGGAACUGACGAGAAUCUCUUACAAUUGAAUGAUUUUUUUAAGUGUCCGGUAUUUGACCUGCCAGACAACGUCAAUUCAAUGGGUAUGCACCAAACAAUGACCACGUCGGCUACAAUUAUUGUGGAGGUCAGUUUCUCAAUGAUAUCUGAAAAUACUUCGAAACAAUUUUGAGUUUCAGAAGUCGGUGAUGUCCAGUUUCUAUGUGGUCUUCGUGGUGAAUAAUAAUGACGACCUCUGCUCGGAAAUUUCCAGUAUAAAGCCAACAAGUGAAUCAAAACUGACUACCAGAUACGUAAAUUGACUUGUACAUGUUUAGGACCAAGCAAAUUUCCACUUCGUCUCAAAUCGUUCAAUGUUACCAUCGAGUCUUCAAUGAAAAGUGAGUUUUUCACAACAUAUUGAACAUUUCGGCAAAUUUUCUUUGCAGCAUUCGACUACAUCAUUCCGAUUGUCUUCUGGGCUUCCAUUCUGUUCCUCGUCACAAUCAUAGUGUUUGUCUAUCAUCAGUUCGACAAAAAUUGGGAGCGAACAUUCUUGCAUAACAAUUACACGCAAUUGGAAGAUGGUGAGUUGAUCACGAGUGCCUUUUAUGAGCUCCCGACUAUUUGAAACUGCGCCAAACUGCUAUUGUUGCUGAGUUUACAAAUAUAUCUGAAACCAGUUCAUAUUGAGACCGUAUCAUUUCGCAGCCAACAAAGAUAUCCCGGCCGAAGUAAGUGAUUUCGGUUGUCGCAGUUUCGAACAGUUGGUAAUCACUGAGAAAACGCAUCUGAUUCAUUGAAAAGAUGUCAAAAAUGCAUUCAAUUUCAGAUGCACAAUCAGACAGACUUGGAGAAUACUAUCAAACAAAAAGAAUGAAGGAAGAUGACGAUCUGAAAGACUAUGAUCUGCUUCACGAUAUCAAUGACAUGAUGGUUGUACGCGCAAAGGUCAGAUUUUCAUUCACAAUCAGCUAGUAUCCGAUAAAAUUCCAGCAAAACCUCUAUGUCGCGGACCUUUCGAUGACUCCAUACGAAGACCGGGAGGACAAAUACGAUGUGUACAAAAUGUAAGCCGUCUUGUCGACGUCCUAAUGACAUUUUGCAUAAUUUUCUAUGCUUAGUGCCCUGGGAGUCAUCGGAAUCUUCUACAAUAUCACCGUACUUCAAUUGCUGAUCAGCAAAGCAGGAGGACUACGACAAUCCGGUGAUUUGGAUGAGUGCACCUUCAACUUUCAAUGCGCUCGGCCACUUUGGUACUUUGUCGCUUUCAACAACGUUGUUAGGUAUAAUUUUUACACAUCCUCAAAACAUCAAUGAACCGAUACGGUUACAGCAACGGCGGUUACGUGUACUUUGGAAGUUUGAUCAUCGUGAUGAACUACUGCCGCGAACGAAGCUUCAGAAGACUUGUUCAGAUCCAACCCUCGCUUUUGGAUGUUAGUUUUUCAGUGAAUUACUGGGAAAUUAGUGAUAAUAAUUCGCACAAAGACUAGAUCGUCCAUUUUUUAGCGUCUCGGUCUGCCACAACACAGCGGAUUGAUGACGGCGAUCGGGUUGGCUGUUAUCAUGGAAGGCAUAUCUUCGGCGACCUAUCAUGUCUGUCCCAACAACGUCAACUACCAGUUUGGUGGGUUUUUACGUUUGGCAAACCAGAAAACACGCCGCUGACAAGCCAGCUCCACACAAGACUGCGCUUGCAUGAAUUAUGCAUGCAAUUGCGUGUUCAACAGAACAUGCGAAACCGAGUCACUUCUGAUCAUAAUUGUGCGGGAAAAUUAAUCAAAAUUGGGAAUAGUUUUGAUGUUGCAUAGUUGUGAAUCGUCGAAAAGUCAAAAACACUCUAGAAAAACGAAACGCGAAAGAGGUUGUCACAAUCUGAAUUCUAUGAUUUGAUUCACCGUAUUGUUUCGCUAGCUGUAACGGUACAUGAACACUUUAGAAACUCAUCGGGAACAGAAACAUCCCAACUCCUCAGAAAACAGAACAAAUUGCAGAUACCGCUCUGAUGUACGUGAUUGGAAUGCUCGGAAAGCUCAAAAUCUGGUCUCUACGACACCCGGAUAUGGUUGUGAGCGCCUACCACGCGUUCGGAUUCUUGGGAAUCUUUAUUAUGGCGGCGAUUGCCGGAGUCUACGUACACACCAUAAUCUUCUGGAUCCUUUUCUCAAUAAUCUACGUGGCAAGCAUGCUUCUUGUCAGUUUGGAGUUCUACUUCAAAGGUGUGUGGAGUCUCAACUACCGAGAAAUCAAGAAUACGCUUGUUUACUCGUGGGCGUCUUCUCGCAGAUUUUCGUGUAUUGUUCCCGCCUACAAAGCCAGAUUUUUGGUUAUUUUGCUACUCAAUCUAGUGAAUACAGCCGUGUAAGUCCUUUCAUUUUGCGCAAGCGAUACAAUUUGCAUAUUACAGAGUGGUUUACGGUCUUGAUGCUCACCCAAAAGACUUUUUGUCGUUCCUUCUCAUUCCGUUCAUUGGAAACUUGUUCAUUUACAUCAUUUACUACAUCUUGAUGAAGGUAUUGUCGUCAAAUCGAAUAGUUCGAGUGGAAAAGUCCUGUUUUGUUGCAGAUCAUUCACAGAGAGGAGAUUCCGACCCGAGCCCUGGCCCUCCUCUUCUUUGCGACCGUGUCCUGGACCAUCGCAGGCAUCUUCUUCAACAAACGUGUCUCGGAUUGGAGUGUGAGUUUUGUUUGCUAUCAGGCGAAAAAUGUGCAUAAUAUAUGGAAUCUUUUGCGUGUGAUUAGGCCCCAUAUCACUACUACAGUCCGUUUCAAAAGUAUAGGGCCACCCCUAAAAUUGAAUAUACUGUCAUUCCCGAACAAAAUAAAGACAGGACCUUAACAAUCGAAAUCAGCAUCACAAAUAACCCCCGGAAAACAAUUUUGAGAGCAGUGUAUAGGAUAGUUGGGUAAUGGUGCUGAAAUAUCUGAAAAUGUUGCAACUGCAAGCGUUUCAUAAGUAUAGGGCCACCCCUGAAAACACUCUGGAAGCCUCUUAAACUGAUAAACAUGAUCUUGAAUGGGGUUCUUUGCACCUUUAGGAUGUCCAAAAAGUCUUUUUGAAAUCAUGUGCACUGACGCCGACGCCACCUAGGGCCACUCUCCCGGGUUUAGCCUCAUGUUCUGUGUGGAGCUCGAUAGUGGAGCCGGGGGACUCCGAUGAUCUCAAAUGAGUCAAAUCUUGUUUAAAACAAGUUUUUUGAGCAUUUUCAAGUCAGAUUCGUUCAAGCCUCUCGAUUCGCUAGCCCCUGAUAUCAGAUUUUUGAUAAUAAUAAAGCCAGGCCCAACAAGGAUCAGACUGGUUUGAGCGCCAAACUCCAGGCUGACAUUGCCCACUUUUAGGACUUCAUAAGGAAGGUUUGAAACAUGACAUGCUUGAGUUUGGUGUCAAUCGAAUCAGUUUCAACCAAGUUAUGAGCUCCCGAUUGCUGAAAUGAAGAAAACCAACAUUUUUCAGUACAUUUCUGUGGGCAAAGUGGGCAAUGUCAGCCUGGAGUUUGGCGCUUAAGCCAGUCUGAUCCUUGUUGGGCCUGGCUUCAUUUUGGCCAAAAAUCUGAUGUCAGGUUCUAGCGAAUCGAGAGGCUUGAACGAAUCUAGCUUGAACAAAUCUGAACAGCGCCCAUUUGGUAGCUGCUGUCAUAAGAGCAGCGCCCAUUUGGUAGCUGCUGUCGCGAGAGCAGCGUCGAUUUGGUAGUUGCUGUCGUGAGAGCAGCGCCCAUUUGAUAGCUGCUGUCGCGAGAGCAGCGUCGAUUUGGUAGUUGCUGUCGUGAGAGCAGCGCCCAUUUGGUAGCUGCUGUCGCGAGAGCAGCGUCGAUUUGGUAGUUGCUGUCAUGAGAGCAGCGCCCAUUUUGUAGCUGCUGUCGCGAGAGCAGCGUCGAUUUAGUAGUUGCUGUCGUGAGAGCAGCGCCCAUUUGGUAGCUGCUGUCGCGAGAGCAGCGUCGAUUUGGUAGUUGCUGUCGUGAGAGCAGCGCCCAUUUGGUAGCUGCUGUCGCGAGAGCAGCGUCGAUUUGGUAGUUGCUGUCGUGAGAGCAGCGCCCAUUUGGUAGCUGCUGUCGCGAGAGCAGCGUCGAUUUGGUAGUUGCUGUCGUGAGAGCAGCGCCCAUUUGGUAGCUGCUGUCGCGAGAGCAGCGUCGAUUUUGUAGUUGCUGUCGCGAGAGCAGCGUCGAUUUGGUAGUUGCUGUCGUGAGAGCAGCGCCCAUUUGGUAGCUGCUGUCGCGAGAGCAGCGUCGAUUUGGUAGUUGCUGUCGUGAGAGCAGCGCCCAUUUGGUAGCUGCUGUCGCGAGAGCAGCGUCGAUUUGGUAGUUGCUGUCGUGAGAGCAGCGCCCAUUUGGUAGCUGCUGUCGCGAGAGCAGCGUCGAUUUUGUAGUUGCUGUCGCGAGAAACUCGCGGAAUGUCGACUCAAGAACCGUUGAGAAAACUUUUCCAGAAAAUGCCGGCAAUAUCCCGUGAACUGAACGAACAGUGCAUCUUCCUCAACUUCUACGACAACCAUGACAUUUGGCACCUCUCCUCAGCGUUCGCCAUCUUUUUCUCCUUCACCGCCAUCAAUGUAAUCGAUGACGAGCUCAUGUUCAUAAAAAGAAACACGAUUCGAGUGUUCUAA